UGAUUGUUGAAAUGAUUGACGUGCACAAGAACUUAAAGAUUGAAAAGGCUUAAUGGGCUACCUAUGGGCCUUGAAUAUAUUUACUCUCUCUCUCUUAUUCCAACCUCCAAAAUUCAAAUUCGCUCGUCUCUCUCUCUCUCUCUCUCUCUCUCUCUCUCUGGGUCUCGACUCUCUAGCAAUGGCGCUUUCCGUAGCUUUCAAGGAGAGACUAGAUCAAAUGGAGUUUACCAGAAACCAGCGACUUCAUCUUCUCCAGGCGGAGAAAGAGCUACAAGUGGAGAAAUCACAGAUACUAGCAACCAAGCACGCAAGCAUACAAUCAAUAGAACGCAAAUGUUUGAUGAUCGACCAGAAGAUCGCGGCACAAAACCUCAAGAUCACGCUUCUCAGAUCUACCAUCCAAGAUCUCGAUUCCAAAUACCACUGCUCUGUUCAGCAACUGAGGACGCUAAAAAGCGAGGUUGAAGAGCUAAGAGGAGUUAGACCAAGAGAGGGUCAACUGACAAGUACUAUAAACUUAAAUACUCAUGCAAAACGCCGAGCGGUUCAGAUCAGAGAACCGGUUAGACCAUCCACUUUUGUAUGGUCUAAAUAACAGUCUGCAGAUCGACCAACCUUCUGAUUUCCAACGAGAGACAGCCAAAGACUCUGAGAGAAAGCGGUUAGGUAUGACUGAUGCGGAGAAAAGGAUAUUGGAGAAACAGACUGCAAGAAUCUUAGCUUCUAUUAGAGGAGAAGGAACAGUUGAAGACGAACAAUGGGAAACGCCUCGAGUGGUCAGUACAAGAAAUGGACUCGGUGUGAAGGAUAAGCCUCAAUUCAAACGAAAUAGAGCAAAUGUAACAAUGAAACACACUCACUUUAACAAUAUUAUAGUCGUUCUUGAUUAGUAAAAAUUAAUGUUUAGUAACAACACACUAACAUUGUUUUCUUGAAACUUUAACAGACCAAGAAGCUAAAACAUUUAUGUUUUUAUUUAUGAAAAAUAAAUUGUCACAAAAAUAUGGAAAUAAUAGGAUUGUUCUUUAAUAUAAAACCAUCAGAAGUCACUGAGAGAAUCAAAUCUUAUGCUUCCAUUAUAAAUAAUGAUGUUCUAGAUGGCAUAUUAUAUAUGUUCCAUCGACUUUACUUGAUGAUUUGGCUACCGUAAUCAUCGUUGAACUUGUCAUACAGAUGUGCAUGCAGAUGAGCCGAU